AUGCUCUGCUCUUCUCUCAUCGUCGCGGGGCUCCUCGCCGCCUGCGCCUCGGCAGUCCCCGCCCCGGCCCCUCAGCGGUCAGCCAAGGUCCAGGCUUCCAAGGGCGUCUACACCAUCCCCAACGUCGGGACGUUCCUCAACAGGCAGACCUGGGACUUUAGCAAGCUCGCAGACGGUUCCAGCAUCCCCGACGGCCUGUGGGUGAGCAACUACCAAGUCGGCGACUCCUACACCUUCGUCCCGCAGAACUCGUACAUCUCGGGUGGCUACCUCAACCUCAAGGUCGACGGCGGCCAGAAGUCCAAGCCAUACAGGUCCGGCGAGGUCACCACCACCGCGACAAACAUUAAGUACGCCUCUGUCCGGACCGUCGCCAUCUUCGCCGAGCCUGCUGGCGUUUGCAACGGCAUGUUCUUCUACCGGAGUGACAACCAGGAGACAGACAUUGAGUGGCUGUCGGAUUCGGCAUCAAAGAGCAACAACGGCAAGCGCCAGCUAUGGUUUGCGAACCAGGCCUCCAACUCGAAGACCCAGAAGUCGGUCAAGAGCGUGACUCCGCCCGCGAACCCAACGUCCACCGAGCACGAGUACCGCCUCGACUGGGUGGCCGGCGCCGUCCGCUUCUUUGUCGACGGCGUCCAGAUCUGGGAGAGCAAGCAGAACGUCCCCAACCUCCCCGGGCCCUGGGUCUUCAACAACUGGGCCGACGGCGACAAGGGCUGGAGUGCUGGCCCUCCGGCGACAAACGCCAUCUUCAGGAUCAAGUCGAUCGACAUGUACUACAACACCGCGUAG